CGUCACGUGACACUGCUACGUCACAUGUAAACCUCGGUCAAGAUGGCGGCCGCCGGAGGAGAACCCUCUGCCCAGAGUUGCUCAGAUGAGCUGUUUCAAAGCUUUUACACGGAGGUGAAGCAGAUUGAGAAGCGAGACUCUGUGUUAACCUCAAAGCAGCAGAUUGAUAGACUGCUGAGACCCGGGUCGUCCUACUUCAACCUGAAUCCCUUUGAGGUGUUGCAAAUUGACCCAGAUGCAACAGAUGAGGAACUGAAGAAAAGAUUUCGAGCAUUGUCAAUCUUAGUCCAUCCAGAUAAAAACCAGGAUGAUCCAGACAGAGCGCAGCAAGCCUUUGAAGCUGUGGACAAGGCAUACAAACUCUUACUGGAUGGAGAACAAAAGAAGAGAGCCGUAGAUGUGAUCAACGCAGGAAAGGAAUAUGUGGAGCAUAUGAUGAAAGAGAAGAGGAAACAGCUUAAGAAGGACGGGAAGCCCUUGAUUGUGGAGGAGGAUGACCCUGAAGUGUUCAAACAAGCAGUGUACAAGCAGACCAUGAAGCUGUUUGCAGAGCUGGAGAUCAAGAGGAAGGAGAGGGAAGCAAAGGAGAUGCAUGAGAGGAAAAGAGCCAGAGAAGAAGAAAUCGAAACAGCAGAGAGAGCAAAGCGAGAGAGAGAAUGGCAGAAAAACUUUGAGGAAACAAGAGAUGGUCGUGUUGAUAGUUGGAGGAACUUCCAGGCUAAAGGCAAAACUAAAAAGGAGAAGAAAAACAGGUCCUUCCUCAAGCCCCCCAAAGUCAAGAUGGAACAGAGAGAAUGAUGCUCAGAUGGGACUUCACAAGACUACAGCUCAACAUUUUCAACCCCCACAACGCAGCGAAUGCCCGCCCCACUGUCAGCAGCCAGACGUCUGCUCAUCACACUUGUCAUAGGACGACAUCCAGCCCUCAGAAAUGUAGUUUUGUGCUGUUUUCUAAUGUAUAUAUUUGUGAUCUGGACCCCAAAUGCAUACUUUCUGCAGAUGAUAAAAAAUGAUUUAUCUUCCAUUUCUGUAACUGACAAGUGUUGUUUUGUUUUUUACUUAAUAAAGCUUGUUCAUAACAAGCCCAUGUUGUUGUGGUCCACCCAGCCGAGUCUUCAGUCUGCAUCGGCACUCACUUGUUACUGCUCAACUCUGCCAUGACACACUUUCAGUUUGGUGGAAGACACAAUUACAUAUAGACAAGUUACCAGUUUACAAAAUCCUCCAUUGCAGGUGUGUUGCACUCAGCCUACUGUAUGAAUUCAGGUAUUAUAGUCUUGCUAAUGCAUGUCAGUGUAUUGUUUUUAGUGUUGUCAAUAAAAACACCAAACUGUUA